GAUUAAGAAAUUCAGUAUACCACACCUUUUAUAAGACAAGUCCAUUCUACAAUACCACAUUAUUCUGAAUUUCAAAAGUGGGGUAUUGAUCUUAUCUUGGAUUUUUAGCCCCUCAUAACCUAUAGACAUGAAUAUACCGAUAAAAGGCAGAUACAGAGACCAGAAAUGUAAAGUGACAAGUGAGAAGACAAAUAAAAAUUACCAAAAAAAAAGAAAAAAAAAAAAAGAAACUUUGAAUGAGGUAUGCACUAGCAAGCUGUACGUGGGUGUUCUACAUAUGUUCCAAUCAAGCACACACAGACAAAGGCAUGUCUUAAUUUUUAGGUCUUGCUAUAUUAAGACCUUGUAACUGUAAAAUAGUGCUAUCUACUUCUAUACAUAGCACACACCAUUUAUUGUUGUUACAUCACUCACAAACUCCAUCUUUCUUGUUCUUGUUCUUGUUCUUCCUGUUAAACCAAACUUCCAUAACCAACACCACCACUGAGGCAAUUAUUGCAAAUUUCUUGCCACAUGGAUCUUCAAAGGCAAGAGCCAUGCCCUUUUGAGAGCUUGAACAUGAUUACAUUUUCAGAUACUAUGCCAUGCCAAAGAUCUUCCAUAGACACUCAAAGAAAGAGGAAUCACACAGAAAGUGAUGAUCAAAAGCACCCAAAUGACUCAAAUCCUCGUGUCUUACUAGAUCUAAGUCUCUCCAACAAGGAUUCAGGUGAUGAUGAUGAGUCAAAGCCAGAACUCAACCUCCUCAAUUGUUUCCAUACGAAUUUCUCUGAAAAUUCAUCAGAAUCUAGUCAGGUAAAUGAACUGGAUCCCCGGGUUUUCUCAUGCAACUACUGCCAAAGAAAGUUUUAUAGUUCUCAGGCACUGGGGGGACACCAGAAUGCACACAAACGUGAAAGAACUUUAGCAAGAAGAGGAUACAAAGCAGGUGCAGCAGAUUUUGGACACACGUAUUCCACCGUGCCUUUUCUUCCUUCUCACGGCUUAUACAACAAAUCACUUGGAAUUCAGGUUCAUGCCAUGAUUAACAAACCUUCUCAUCAAGCACCCAUUUUUGGGUUGUGCCGUUCCAAUGGGUGGCAGAGGCAGCCUUUGGAUUCUCAACCAGCAAUUGGAAAUUUUCGUGUGGGGGCAGAAUCUGAGUCAUCCUUGGCUGAUAGUGUUCCAAAAGUAGGCAAGUUUUCCACAAGGGUAGUGACAGAGGGAUUUGGAGGACACUGUUUUGGUAGCUUUUCUCAUUUGAAGUCUAAACAAGAGAAGUUGCAGAAGCUUGACUUGUCCCUUAAGCUCUAAGUAGUUACCAUUCAACAUGCCAUACCCCAGUUGAUUUGUGUCUUUUCUCAUUGUCCAACACCUUCACAGCUCUUUCCUUUUUCACUUCUUUUGUCCUCAUGUAUCUCUUGCUCCACCAAGUCUAAAUGCAUUUUGGCUACUUACCAGAGAGCUUGUGUUUUGCUUUUAAUGUUGUUUGCUUUAUUUUCUCAGUCAUGAAUAAUGGCUUCUUUUCAAGUUGAAACUCCCAUCAAGCUUUAAAUUGCUUUAUAACAGCAUCAUGAGUACAUCAAACUCUCUUUUCUUCGCCAAUUCUUAAAGAGGUAGAUAAGUUAGGUCCUCA